UGCCAUCACAACGGCACAUGGUAUGCGGAUAAAUCGCUUGUUCCCACCACCGCCAAUUGUCUGAAUUGCCAGUGCAAUAAAAAGACUCUGGUCUGCCGUUUAAAGGUUUGUCCUGAGAUGCCGAUGCCACCGCCACGAGGCUGUGUUGUGGUACAAAAGAAGAACACAUGUUGUCCGUAUCUAUCGUGUGCACGUUUAGAUGCCUUCUAUAAGAUACCGGCCACGCGACGCAUUAUCGCAUAUUUGGAUCAUUACGAGCGUGAAUCGAUCGAUCGUGUAGUCAAUGAAAACAUGCUGCAACGUCGUUCCGCAGAUGACACCGAAGCAGAUUUGUAUGUUUGUGUUAAGAACGGCACGGUUUAUAAGUCUGGUUCAGCUAUGUCUUCUUCAAACCUUUGUAGCUAUUGCUUUUGCAUUGGUGGCACCGAAAAAUGUGUAAAACCUAAAUGUAUGCUUCCGCUGGAAGGCUGUAAACCGAUCUUUGUCGAUUCUACUUGUUGCCCGGUGCGUUACGACUGCAGUUCUAAAUCUACGGGAAAGUCAUCGCAGGAAAUGCGUUAUCGUAAGACUUCAAACAAACAUUAUCUUCGUAUGUCUCAACGCAUGCAACGUAAUCGUGGAUGCACAGUGGAUCAACAGUUCUAUGCUGAAGGUCAAAAGAUGAAAGCGGAUCCUGAUAGGCCAUGCGAUAUAUGUUUUUGUAUACGCGGUCAACGUAAAUGCGCCCCAAAGAAAUGCGCACCAGCUUUACGCAACUGUAUGCCAGUUGUUCCAAAGGGACAGUGUUGUCCCAGUAGUUACGAUUGCGGAAGUCAGCGGGAUUAUCGUCGGGCUUACAAUUCAAGGCAAUUUAAUUUGUUUUCUUUAUUAUUUGGUAAAGAUAAUGAUGGCGACACAAAUAAUACUGAAUUUGCGGUACAAUAUCCGCACGAUAGAAGACCGAUGAAAGAAGACAGCUUUUUACGUAAACCUACUGGCUCAACGGAGAAAAGUUUUUUUGAUACUCUGCGAGAAGGUUUAGAGUUUAUCGAUAGUAAUAGCAAUGAUAUGUUAAGAGAUGACUUAGAUGUAUUGGGUUUGCAAUCGACACCUAGACCCAUACCUUUACAAACCACAACUGAAGUAGCAGUAGAAAUAACACAAACUACCAACGGAAUUAGUUUUUUGGAUUUGUUAUUAGGAUCUUCAGAAACGGAUACCGAUGAUAAUAAUAAAAUCCAAAAUACGUCACAAAUUAUGCAUAACAUGAACUCCCCAAAUAAUAAAUCAAAUGUACCAAUAAAUGACGAACAGCUUUCUUGGUUGGAUAUUUUAUUGAAACCGAAUGAAGACGAGGCGAACAAGAUAACCACUUCUACAAUAAAUUAUAAAUCGGAUGAUUUAGAGUUCACCACUCUAACUGACAUUGACAAACUAUCCACUGAAGUGGUAGAUUUUAUUAAUAACACAACUGAAAUACUUACAACAACGGAGACCUCUACGUCAAUAGCGUCAGGGAUUUGGACAAGCACUACCGAAGAGAUGAGCUUUACGCAAACAAAUCCUAUAUUACCUGUCGAGUUGGCAUCCGCGACUGAAAUCUUCCAGAUUAAUGCCAAUGCUGGCAACUUGAAAAGUGAAUCUAAUGCUUCUUUAAAUGCAUUGAAGGUUGCGAAGCCAUUAAAACCUAAUAUAAUACCCUUAAAGGAAUCGAAACCAAUUUUAAAAAAUAUUACCACACCUAAGCCGGAGACAAAACCUGAUUUAUUGGCUGUUUUACUGGAUGGUUUAAGCGAUAUUUUAACGGUAGAAAAACCCGCUAGGAAUACAACUUUACCAAAUAACAAAUUACCACCGUUACUAACCGCGAGUACAUUGCCAUACAUUACUUUACCCACACCGAAACCUUUACCUCUCUUCAAACCCAUACCACCAGAGAAAACUCACGUUCGCAUUAAUUCAAAAAUAGCUAAUUUAACCGUAGAACCUUUACUGAUUUCUACGAAAGGAAAAGUAAACUCAACUUUUAAGCCCUUGCCACCACCAGCGUCCAAAUUGCCGAUUACUUUUGCGUCGAAUUUAACGGACACUUCAUUAAAAGUUACCACUACUACUAAGUCACUUUUUGCUACAACUUUGAAACCAUUGGUUAUUAAAACAAAUCCCACCAUUUUAGAGGCAGAUCCUUUCGGUGACAAUACUCAGCCCACUUUACCGCCUAGCUUACCAAAUUUAAAAAUUAUACCCUUCCUACCAACCGAUGCUGUAAAAGGUGAUCAUAAUAAAUUAGCAAAU